AGAUGCUCUGUAUAAAUUGUAUGAACAAUGUCCAAAAAAAUUUUUUCACUUCGUUUGAAGUCGUUGAUCGAAGCUCAGCAGCUCCAAUGGCCUCCGUUAUGCUUUUCUCAAACUGAUGUAACAUUCGCGUUGGAUGGCGACCGUGAUAACACUGUCGAGAUUGAUACAUUGAUUAGUCAGUUACAAGAUGUGUAUUCCGAUUACAGAAGGCAGAAGUGCGGUGUUCUUCGCAGGUCGAUUGUAGGCGUGCUUUCUGAAGUAUCGCAUUAUGAUGACGCUGUAACUAGCAACGCGGAUGUAGCUGUGUUGAACGGUGAUUACCUACCUUCUAUCGAUAGCCAGGGGCCGGGUCUACAAAGCUUGAAUGUUACAAUGUCGGAUUUACGGCGUUGUCCAAAUGCAUCAGAGCGUGAUAAGGGAGACGCACAUCGCAAAAUAAGGAAGCGUUCAAAGAAGGAGGACAGCGAUCCUGAGGAGACAGCUACCUUAUUUAUUCCAGAACGUGAUAUUCCAUAUCGACUUGACGACGUUGGUGGGAUAGAAGCAAUUCGUGGUGAUAUAAUCGACUUGGUUGUACGCCCAUUGAAAUUCCCUGAUAUAUAUAAAUACUUAUGUGUUCAACCUACCAAGGGGAUACUUCUUCAUGGCCCUCCAGGUUCUGGUAAAUCCAGGUUGGCUGAGGCUAUUGCUGGCGAGGCGAAUUGUGCAUUUUUCAGGGUGGCGGCCACUGAGCUGGUCACUGGUAUGUCUGGUGAAUCAGAAAGUCGACUUCGAGGUCUUUUCGACGAGGCCAAGCGCUGCGCUCCGAGUAUAAUAUUCCUUGAUGAAAUUGACGCUGUCACUCCGCAUCGUGAAAACAGUUCGCGUGGAUUUGAGAAGCGUAUUGUUGCUCAAUUGGGCAUCUGCAUGGACUCUUUGGCAGACCACUUUGUUAUAGUCAUUGGUGCUACGAAUCGCCCUGAAUGUUUGGACUCCAUGAUUCGACGCAACGGUCGAUUUGACAGAGAGAUAUCCAUGGGCAUUCCAAACACUGACGCUAGGUUUAGUAUAUUAAAGGCUGUAUCUCGCGGGAUGCGACUUGGUACUGAUGUAGAUUUUGAACAAAUUGCGGAGAUGACUCCAGGUUUUGUUGGAGCUGAUUUGCAGGCUGUAACCCGAGAGGCAGCUGCCUGCGCCAUAAGUCGUUUAUUCGCCAAUCAUGGUGAUAUGAUAACAAACCAAUCAUUUGUACAUGCUGAGGCGUGUAUAUCGCAGAGUGAUUUUAUAUCUGGUGUAUCUAGGGUUCAACCUAGUGCUAAACGUGAGGGAUUCGCGACAAUUCCCAAUGUCACUUGGGAUAACGUUGGGGCACUAUCUAACUUACGCAAGGAGAUGGAGGAGCACAUAGUAUUUCCUAUAUUAUUCAAGCGCUUGUACAGUACCUUUGGUUUAACAGUGCCCGCUGGUAUAUUACUAUACGGUCCUCCGGGUUGUGGUAAAACAUUAUUGGCCAAGGCAGUUGCCAAUGGCAGCAAGGCUAAUUUCAUAUCGGUUAAAGGUCCCGAGUUGCUGAAUAAGUAUGUCGGUGAGAGUGAACGUGCUGUACGUCUAGUAUUCCAACGAGCUGCUGUGAGUGCGCCUUGUGUAGUCUUUUUUGACGAAAUCGAUUCCCUAUGUCCCGUGCGUAACAACGAGGCUAACCAUACAACAGAGCGUGUUGUAAACCAGCUUCUAACGGAGAUGGAUGGCAUCCAUAACCGUGCCGACGUCUACGUGCUUGCUGCUACUAACAGGCCGGACAUUAUAGACCCAGCCAUGUUGAGACCAGGGCGCCUUGAGCGCCAAAUGUAUGUACCCUUACCGGAUAUGGAAGGCCGCGUUGACAUAUUACAGAAGGUCACCAAGGGUAUACCCAUUGGUGACGACGUCGACUUCCAGAAGAUCGCAGUACAAACUGAGGGUUACAGUGGUGCAGAUCUGGCAUGUUUGGUUCGUGAGGCCGGUAUAUCAGCGGUUGAGAAACUAAGGAUACAGUAUAUAAAGGAACAUGGCCUGGACACAUAUGUCAGGUCAGUUGACGCACCUCCUGGCGCCUGCAUAUCAGCUGAGGAUCUCGCGUCAGCUUUACUGAAGGUAUCUCCAUCAGUUACGCAAAAACAGAUAAAUUUCUACGAGUCAUUCCAACAACGCAAAACUAUGAAGAACUAGGUU